GCUUAACAGAAGGUGUUUGACUUGGCUGGGCUUCCGUUGCAAGUCGGCGCUUUGUGGUUGAACCGUAGCUCUUCCUCCAUUGUAUUUGUGCUCACGAUUUAACGAUUGCAGGCGUAUUUUAUUUGCCAAACAGAUAUCCAUGUCGUCCGACGCCCUGAAGAAACGGAAGUCGAAGGUUGUCCGAAGUGAAGUAGGAACACCAGAGAUAAAGCGAGUUCGCGGAGAGGGGGACCAACAUGAUGUGCGUGCCUAUAAUGAGGAGGUGGAACUGGACGGCAGGGACCCUGAACAGGACUACUUGCAGUACAAAGAAUCAUGUGAGAAUCUGGCCACACUCAUGAGCGAGAUCCAGGAGCUGAAAGCCAAUGGAGCAAAAGAGGGGAGUGUGGAAGUUGAGCAGAGACGUAUACAGAGCUGCAUCCACUUCAUGAAUCUAAAGAAACUUAACCGCCUGGCUCACAUGCGACUAAAGCGAAGCAGAGAUCAGACACAUGAGUCAAAACAAAGAGUUGAUGUGCUGCACCUUCAGCUACAAAACCUCCUGUAUGAAGUUAUGCAUCUUCAGAAGGAGAUCAGCAAAUGUCUGGAGUUCAAAUCUAAUCAUGAAGAAAUAGACUUGGUGACUGAAGAAGAGUUUUACAAUGAGGCCCCACAGGAGAUUUCCAGGCCUAACCUCACAAAAAAUGAUCCUCACCAGCUCACACUGGCACGACUGGACUGGGAGCUUGAACAGAGGAAGAGGUUGGCAGAGAAGUACAAGGAGUCACAGGCCACAAAGGAAAAGAUUCAGAAGAGCAUUGAGGUGAAAAAGGAGCAUCUCAGAAGCUUGCAGCCAGGACUCAAUGCAAUCAUGCAGGCAUCGCUCCCAGUGCAGGAGUAUCUCUCCAUGCCGUUUGAACAAACUCAGAAACAGACGGAGGUAGCGCGCCACCUGCCUCCACCCCUCUAUGUAUUGUUUGUCCAAACAAAUGCAUAUGGCCAGGCUUGUGACAAGAAUCUGUGUGUGUCCAUCAAUGGGGAUGUGGAUGAGGCCAGGGCCCUGUCCAAACCCCCAGAUGAUUCCCAAGAUGAUGAGAGUGAUUCAGAUGCAGAAGAGGAGCAAGAGAAAACGAAGAGAAGACGGCCAACCACCGGUGGCCAGCUGGAUGAUAAAAGACGAGAAAUGCUAAAAAGACACCCUCUGUCUCUUUGCCUGGACCUGAAGUGUAAAGAUGGCAGCAUCCUCCAUCUCUACUUUUACUACUUGAUGAAUCUCAACAUUAUGACUGUGAAAACCCAGGUCUCCACUUCCACAGACCUCAGCACAGCCAUCAGCGCAGGAGAUCUUUUGAAAUCAGAAACUCUACUCAGCUGUCUCUACACUAGUGACCAAGGGAGAGAAACUCCCAAUCCAGCUAAUCGCUACCAGUUUGAUAAAGUCGGGAUAGUUUCCUUUGCUGAUUAUGUGGAGGAGCUGGGAUAUCCCUACAUGUGGGUUCAGAAUCUCGGAGGACUUCAAUUUCCAAGUGAUUCUUCAGAGGGCGUGCUUGUUGGCAGUUCUCUGAGUGCCAACCACAUGGAGAGCACCAUGAAGCUGCUGAGGGGGCGUGUCCUGUCCCGCUUGGCUCUGCAUAAACAGUUUGCCUCUUUGGAGCACAGCAUCAUCCCAGUCACCAGUGAGUGUCAGCACCUCUUUCCUGCAAAGAUCAUCUCCCGUUUAGCUCGUUGGACCACCAUCAGCCAGCAGGAGUACAUGGAUCUGCCAUAUACACGCCAUGUAACUGAUGCCGGGCUGGCAAAAGAGACUGAUCUGUACUUUUUGGGAGUGAUUGAAAGAGGCACAGCUCGUCUCCAGGCUGCAGUGGUGCUGAGUCCGCGUUACCCAGAGAUCGCUCCCCUGUUCUCCCUCUCUCUCAGCUGGAAAGGAGAGUGCAGUGGACGCACAGAUGACAAUCUUCGAGCCAUGGAGAGUGAAGUUAAUGUGUUCAAAAAUGAACUGCAAGGACCACGUCCAGGACACCAGCUGCUGACUAAUCAACUAGAACGCCUUUGUUUCUGCUUGGAUGUGUAUUUGGAGACAGAGGGACAAGAUGACAGUGUGGAAGGACCUCGCGAGUUCCCACGUGAAAAGAUGUGCCUCCGUACUGUCAGGGGUCCAACUCGCCUGAAGCCGUUCAAGUACAACCAUCCACAGGGCUUCUUUAGUCACCGUUGAAUCUGCUUAUACAGUUUCCUCUUUGUAUUUUAAAACUUGUAACCUUGAUCGUUGUGGCUUUGAUACACAAAGUUCAAUUUUUUAAAGCUUAGAAAAUUAAAAAAAUUUAAAAAAAAUUACUAUUUUCCUUUCAGUGUGUAAUUGAUCUUUGUAUGGUUCUGCUGCGUUUGGGUUUUGUUGAGUGCCCCAUAUUUUUCUGUUGGAUCUCUUUACUGUCCUUUCUACCCUAACUUCUCUAUGUUCUGCUCUAUUUAUAGGCUUUGUCAGAGCUUGCUGAUUAUUAUGCCAUUGAGGUUCAGUGCAGAAUAAGCUGAGUCAUUUCCACAGAGAAUGAUGCCCAUGGAAUAUGAUAUUCGGCAUAUUGUUUGCAGUUAGUCUUUAAUCUAUCAUUUAUUUCCAUGGCUUCAGUAUAUGCAAAAAAAUAUUUUUGUGGAUGAUAUUGAUAUGUCCAAUAUCUACUGAAUCAGUAGAUUAAAAAGAGAUUGGGUGACUUGUGGCCUUACAGUUGUUUAGUUUGCAGAGUGACUAUAAUGUGUACAGUUUUCAGUAAGCUAUUUCAAUAAAAAAAAAAAAAAAAAAAUACGAUUCUGAGUAAAAAACAUGAUUAU